AUGACGAUGGACAGCAGCUGGGCAGCAGCCGCCCCGAAACAACGAACCGAAGCAGCCGCGUGGCAGUGCGGCGCGUCUGCGGUGACAAAGCGAGAAGCAAGUGCGUCACUCAUGCGGAUCGUCCAGGGCUGGCGACGGGGUUUCUUGCUUCUCGCAGCAUCACGAUCGGCCCCGAACGGAAACUCAGUUCAGGGUUUCCCCUCAUCUUCAGCUGGGCUCUUAUGCCUCUCUCACUUUUCCGUUGGCCAAUGCUCGAAAGACAGAAACAGAAAGAAGCGAAGCAGAUCGCACGGGAUCGCCACACCCAAGCUGAUCCCACAACCACGGUCGACGACUAAGUCGGAGCCUUCAAGGCCGCAGAACCGAGAGCUCUUCUCGGUGUGA